AUGCCGUCAAACAUCCAGGUCUUUGUGAAAUGGAAAGACCAGACCAUCUUCGCGGGAGAGAAUGUUGAAUGCACAAUCACCUUUAAAAAUGUGGCAGAUGCUGCCUCGGAAGCAGGUCAUGCAGGUGAAGGUGGUCAGCAUCAACGGAAGCUGUCUCGUGUCGCGAACCACACAGGCAACUCCGGCUCAGACUCGUUCUUCUCGUUGAAAUCUCCCCAAAAUCUCUUUUCAGGGAGACGAUCAUACUCGAUCAGCUCUCAGAGGAAACCUUCCCACCGGACCGCCUCGUCAUUGAGCUCCCCGCUCGUAUCCUCGCAUAGCUUCCCACCGACCAGCGGCCCCUCUACCCCUCGAAGUUGGCAGCCCGGCCACAGUCACAAACGAUCGGUAUCAAUUCUGUCUAUUGAAAGUGAAGGAUAUCCUGAGAAGACACCGCCACCGCAGAGCUAUGGCCGGAAUCGACCGAUCAAGGGCCAUGGGCGUUCAGCAAGUCUCCAAGUUGCCCCUAGGAGGAACGAUAGCUAUGAUGACUCCCUCCGGAAAGUUGGGAGAGCUCCCAUACGCGGUCCUCCACUCGCAGAGUCCCCAAACGAGUCUGGGCCAGGCAACUUGAAAGUCGACACUUCACACCUUGGACGAGCAAGUCGGCCUGGCUCUCUUGCCACUAGCCCUGUUGGAACAGCAGAGAAAUUACGUGCCCCGCCGCGAAGAACGCAGCUACCCGCUUUCGACUUCAAGUUUCCUCCCGCUCCUCCAUCGACUGAUCCUAAUACCAACCGCCCUGCUCUCUCCCCCUCUCCAAAGUCAUCCGACAGGAUACCCUCGCCCGGAAAGCCGGCAUCAAAGGACUCAACGGCCUUGGCCGCGCCAUCGCAUCAGCAGCUUACGCGGAUAAUAUCAGCCACGAGUGUGAAUGGUAGUAGCCGAAGUAGUGGAGAGUUCUACUCGGUCAGUGAUCAUUCGAGCGAGACACUAGCAUCGGAGUAUACAAACUAUUCGUCAUCACAAGUCCCACGGCAACCACCCACCCCGCGGCAUGGGCGGCAUUACUCGAGUGUGAUAGCACCCCCGAGGAAAUCUGACAGCCAGGCGCUGCUCAUGGGCUAUGCACAGAUCAGUGCGUCAUUUACGGUCGAUGGCUCUUUGGUGAACCAGUCCGUUUUCGAUGAGGUCAAACGGAAAGGUGUCGUCGGUGGCCAAGCCGUUACAGGCGGGGUGCCAGGACGGCCAGGCUCUGCGGGCGGUGAUCGUUCACGAAAAGGCGGUGGUUUCUGGGGAGCACUCAAGUGGAAUGCAAUUGAAGAGUCUAUCAAUGGACUCUUGUCGAACAAUGAGCUCGAUGGUUUGCGAGAUAUGCGCGGAGUUGCUUCCUCGCGAUCCAUUCCGCUGCUGUCCACCCCGCAGUCGCUCCUUUUCGUUGACCUACGACUCGCACCGGGCGAAGAGCAGUCAUACUCGUUCUCGUUCGCACUUCCUAAGGGACUCCCGGCGAGUCACAAGGGCAAGGCGAUCAAGAUAACCUAUAAUCUGGUCAUUGGUACUCAACGGCCAAGCGGACCUAAUGAGUCUCAGCGAGUGAAUCGCAUUAAUAUUCCGUUCCGCGUUUACAGCGGCGUCAAUGACAAGGGAGAUGUCCUCGGCCACGACCUGAUGUCACCAUAUGUGAUCUUGCGCGACGAAGCCAAGGUGCAAAAAAUUGCGCCCACUACGCCCGUGACCCUCAAGAACCAGAGCAUCAGUGGACCUUGGCAGUCUGCUGGAGAUUUCCUUUCCUACGUGGAUGAAAUUCUUGAACAGCGUGCGCGCUCAAAUUCGCUCUUCCCGCCAGGAGCCCUUCCAGAAAGACGGUCAAGUUAUGAUGGCCCUCCUCCGCAUGCUUUGUCUUGUAAGGAUAUAAUUGAUUUUGCCAUCCUCCGAAGCAACCAAGCUGUGCAGUCACGGCGGAGUCCUAACAGAUUCGAGAUUGCUCGCGAUGGUCAACGGAUUGCCGUUGUUGUGCUUAACCGCCCUGUGCAUAGGCUGGGUGAGACAGUCAUUGCCACUGUUGACUUUGGCGAUGCUGCCAUCCCAUGCUAUGCCGUACGAGCAUCACUCGAGACAUCCGAGAAAGUAAUGCCUACAAUUGCAGUCCGGUCGAGUGCAAGCAUCCAUCGAACCACCCGUCGCAUCCAUGCAUCUCUAUUUGAGAACACUCUGUACGCGACCCGGGUCGUGUUCAGUCCUGCAAUCCCCAUUUCCGCUACACCCACCAUUCUAACCAGCGGCGUGACCCUGGACUGGGAUUUACGAUUCGAGUUUGUGACACCGAAAUCAAACGGCGAGCUUAGCCAUGGGCCGUCUGGUACUCGAUUACUUGAGAUGAUGUCCUCUGAUGAUCGUGGGAAAGUUUUGUCUGCAAUGGAGCAUUUGGGUUGUGAAUCGUUUGAGAUUUCUAUUCCCCUGACUGUAUAUGGCGAGACUGUACGGGAGCUACUACCAGAAGAGAACGUGGGGUAUGCUAUCUAG